AUGUGCGCGUGCGCGUGGCGCCGGCACGCCUUCACCGCCGCGCUCGUGCUCGCCGCGCACCUCAUCAAAGUACUAUCAUGUGGCGAGACCGGAAGCGGCGGGCGGCUGGUCAAGCGCUACGUGGGGUUGUACACGGGGCCCUACUUCGACCCCUCCGCACCCAACAACAUUACUGCACAACUUGGCACUCACGCUUAUCUACCGUGCAAGAUACGUCAGCUGAGCAACAAGUCAGUGUCGUGGAUAAGGCGAAGAGACGCCCACAUACUUACGGUGGAUCGCUUCACGUUCAUAGCCGACGAGCGGUUUCAAGCUUUCCUAGUAGAGGCGACCGAUACUUGGACAUUACAGGUGAAGUACGUGCAGGCGCGAGACGCCGGCGUGUACGAGUGCCAAGUAGGCACCGAGCCCAAGAUGAGCCACUUCGUACAGCUCAAUGUUGUUGUGCCAAAAAUCGAAAUAAUGGGCGAAGCGGACCUGUACGUGAAGGCGGGGAGUACGGUGAGCCUAAAGUGCGUGAUCACGCAAGCUCUCGAGGAGCCCGCGUACAUCUUCUGGUACCACAACGACGCGCGCGUGCUCAACUACGAUCGCAGCCUCGUCGAGAUACGCAUGGAGCGCAUCGCGCCCGACACCACGGUCGGCAAUUUGAUUAUAUACAACCCGCGAAGAGAGGACUCGGGUAAUUACUCGUGUUCGCCCUCCAACCUUGACUCUGCCUCCGUCGUACUGCACGUCCUUAGCGGCGAGCAGCCGGCCGCCAUGCAGCACGGCAACGCGGCCGCGCGCCCCGUCGCGCCGCUCGUCGCGCUGCUCGUCGCGCUGCACGCCGCGCUCGCGCUGCUGCAAGUGUUACUGUGUCACGACGAAGAUGAACCCAAAUAG